AUGUCCAUAUCAUCGGUGGCUCAUGUUAACAGUCUGGUACUAGAUGCUACACCUUUAAUUACACACUCCUAUUCUCAUUAUCAGCACUAUGCUAAGACAUUUUUCACCACGCCUACAGUUUUUCAUGAGAUCAAAGAUGAGCAAGCCAGGAAAAACCUGGAUCUGUGGCUGACCUUGGGAUCUUUGCAACUACGUCAGCCACGAAGUGAGUCUGUGAAAACUGUAAGUGAUUUCGCAAAGUUGACCGGUGAUUACUCGGUGUUGAGUGCUAACGACAUUCACAUCAUUGCCUUGGCUUACGAGGUCGAAGUAGAGCAGAAUAAAGGAGAUUGGAGACUGCGUAAAAAACCCGGUGACGAUUUGACUUCGGUGCUCGAACGAGAAGUUCAGGCAAGCAGUAAUGGCGAAAAGUCGGCAGAACAGGAUAAGACCAAGAAAAAACGCAGAAGAGGUGGUAAAAAACAACGCGAGAAACAGCAGCAGCGCGAUCAAGAGGGCCAAGAAGAUCAAAGCGCAGAACAAUCUGCCGACUUCGAGUACAACACGGUACAAGAAGAUACAGAACAAGAAUCAAAGCCUGCUACAGACAACUCCAAAGACACUGAAGAAAUCCCAACGCCAGAAGAUGAGGCAGCAUACUUCGAAGAUGACGACGACGGUGACUGGAUCUCUCCAGAAAACCUAACGGAGACCAUGAUCAAAGACAGCGGAGAAGAUACGACGGGCUCGCAUGUUCGUGAAGACUUGAAUGGGUACAUGUCCGAAAACCAUCUAACAUUUCCACAAAACCAGGUGGCAUUAGCAACAGGUGAUUUUGCCGUCCAAAAUGUGGCGCUGCAAAUGAAUCUGAACCUGAUGAACUUCUUGUCCGGUCUUCGAAUCAAAAAACUGCGUAAUUACAUGCUCAGAUGCCAUGCGUGUUUCAAAAUGUUGCCGUUCCCUAAGACCGGCACACCAAAGCAUUUCUGCCCCUCCUGUGGUGGUUCUGGCACUUUGAUGCGGUGCGCUGUGUCUGUGGACGCAGCAACAGGCGAAGUGACCCCACACCUAAAAUCCAAUUUCCAAUGGAACAAUCGUGGAAACCGUUAUUCCAUCGCCAGCCCGUUGUCCAAAAACUCGCAAAAACGCUUCGGUAAGAAGGGAUUUGUGCAUACCAGACACGGUCAAGAUGCAGAGCUGUUAAGAGAGGAUCAAAAGGAAUACGAAAAGGCUUUAAAACAAGAAGAGUGGACUCGUCGCCAUAAUGAGAAAGUCUUAAGCGACUGGACUGCCGGUGGCUCCGCGGACAAUUUCAUUUCGCCGUUUGCCAUUACAGGACUGAAGCAUCAUUCUGUGAAAGUCGGACGCGGCCGUCAUGCCAACAGUGUCAAAAGCAAGAAAUAA